AAGCGCUGGUGUAUUUGGGGUAAACACAUGGCUCCGGGAGCUGUGAAGAUGACAGAGCGAUAGGCCAGUGUGAUGGGGCCCGGUGUCCCGCUGCUGCCAGAGCUCUACAUCUGCCAGUGACAGAGUGGAAAGCUACCGACAGCUGCUUCUCACACAUCAGAUAAGAUUACAGUAAUAUUACAGAGCGCUAAGGAAACAGGGAGACUAUGAGAAAGCGCAGCUGCUCCAUUCAACCACAUGGUUCCUCAACCGCACAGACAAGCUGCGCUGCAGACAGCCAGGUUCACAUAAGGGGCUCGCACUGCUGUUUCCCACAGCGGCGCGUUUCGAGUCUUGCAGGGCGAGUUUUCAGCCGCACAGGCAGUUGAAAGUUGCUUCUGAGUGGAUCCGGGACUUCUUCUUCCUUUCCGUGAAGCGCACUGGUGAAAGUUGCGAGUCCAGGUGUCUCCGAAACGAGCUGAACUGAAAAGAGACAGAGAAGAGACUUGGAUGAACUUUUUUAUUUAAGACCCGUGUCCAUCAGUGAUCUCGAAGCGCCUGAAAUCAGAACAAGUGAGGAGUAUUUUUGUGAAAGCCAACAAGUCAUAUUUUUUUUUUUGCGCACUUGAACUUUGCGAAAGCACUGCACUGAACAGCGUGUUUCCAGGCGCGUGGAAGAAACGAUGGUGCAGCACAUGAGCCAGACUGAGAGCGCCCACGCUCACUCCCCUGGCGGGGACUCCACGGACACGGGAGAAAUGGACUUGGAGAUGGACGCGUCCCCGACCCCCGAGUCCCCCUCCUCCGGGGAGCGGAGCGACUUGGCGUGGUGUAAAACUCCGACGGGGCACAUCAAGAGACCCAUGAACGCGUUCAUGGUCUGGUCACAGAUCGAGAGGAGGAAGAUUAUGGAGCAGUCGCCGGACAUGCACAACGCAGAGAUCUCCAAGAGACUGGGGAAGCGCUGGAAGCUGCUGAAAGACACAGACAAGAUCCCGUUCAUCCGCGAGGCGGAGCGUCUCAGACUCAAACACAUGGCCGACUACCCAGACUACAAGUACCGGCCCAGAAAGAAGGUCAAGUCGGGAAGCGGAGCGAGUAAGCAGGCGGACCGCGGGGACAAGAGCGGGGAGCGCAGCGCCAAAGCCGGAGUGAAGAGAAGCCCCGCGUCCAAAGGAGUGAGCAGGACGCACAAACAGGGGACCGCGAAAAGCGCUCCGGGGCAGGACUAUGCAUCUCCCGGCGACCACCAGGCGCUCUUCAAAUCCAGGUCAGUGUCUGGGGCUAGGCAGAUCCCGGAGAAGCGCACCGGAGAGGCGCGGCGCGGCCACAUGUUCGGCGGCGCAGGCAGCUUGGAGAGCGGGCCUCCCUCCGUGGGCGUCCCGGCCAGUCCCACGCUGAGCAGCUCGGCCGAGUCCAGCGACCCGCUCAGCCUGUACGAGGAGCCGAGCCCCGCGGCCAGCGAGUCAUCACACACCGCGCGCCUCAGGUACGCUCGCGCCUCCUCUCCAACACCUUCAGCUUCCCACUCGUCCUCAUCCGUGUCAUCCUCAUCAUCAGAUGAAGAGUUUGAAGACGAGCGGCUCGACCUGAACUCGAGCCCCGGGUUCGAGAGCAUGUCCCUGGGCGGCAUGGGCUUCUCCGACGCAGAGCUGGACCGGGACUUGGACUGGAGCUUCGGGGAGUGCGGGGCGGGAUCUCACUUCGACUUCCCCGACUACUGCACCCCGGAGGUCAGCGAGAUGAUCUCAGGAGACUGGCUGGAGUCCACCAUCUCCAACUUGGUGUUCACCUACUGAGAGGACCACGGUGGAGAGGAACCGCUACGCCCCCCACGUUUUGAACUGUUCAACCCCCCCCAGACAGGCGUGUGAGUCCAGAGCAGAAUAUUUCCGCCAUUCUUUCACUAAAUAAGGGAGAGUGAAGACAGGAAAGAAAAGGUGGCCUGCGUGCGCGUUGAAGCCCAGGUACGCGCCGCUCACAGACUUGGACAGCGGUCGCUGCGCUUGACGGGAACGCGCAGACGGGGGAGAUGCUUAGUUUGCAUUUGAACACAGAGGAGGAGUGAAUGUAAGCAGAGCGCAGUGAAACACACGGACUUCAGCUCAAAUGUUCAACCCAAUCCGCCGAGGAUGAGGACUGAGACUGAACUUUGAAUCUUAAUGUCAUUUUGGGUCGGGAAAACGGACACUUACCGGAGAGCUCGUCGUGUUGGGUUUGUUUAAGAUAUAGCCAAUUCACAUUGACCAUCAAGUUGCUAUUCAGGUGUAGUUUUUUUCCAAACUCGAAACAGUUUCAAUAUCAACACGCAUGCCCUCCGAGAUAAGGAGGAUUUUGUUGUGGUUAAAUGCGUAAAAAAUAUUCAUUGCUGCGUAAUUACGCAAUUUGUGUGACCGUAGGACACAAUUCACUAUCACCAGCUUCUCUUUCAACGGCAGGACUUAAAACAAAGACUGACUCAAAACUUCAGAAACCCUUUUCUGAACCUUUUUAAACACUCAGUGCACAAUUCAGGACCAAUGUUCCCCGACGCGCAUCCUUUCUGCCUAGUGCUUCAACUUUGUAGUUCCUCUGUGUCAGAUGACGUUUUUUUUAUAUUGAUGUAUUUAUACCGGCCAAACUUUUUUAUACAUAGAAGUAUUGUUCUCG